AUGGAAAACCGUCUCGUGCCUCUGAUCAUCCUCCUCGUCGCGGUUCUCGUCCUCAUCACAAUCGGCUAUGUCGUAUAUAGUAUCGUGCAGGAAGUAGGCGGCAAAACGCGCACAAAGAUGGAGAAGAAGAAUCUCAUGUUUACCAAGGAUGGCAUGAAAGUUGGUGUGAAGGAGUUGGACGACGAGGAGUAUGUGGGUCGGAGUCAAAGUGUUCUGGUCAACAUCUGGAAUCAUACUUCGUUCCCGGCGUAUAAGAGUCGACUGUGGAAUAUGACUAGAACUGUGACUGAGGUGGAGCAGAAAGUGGAGCAUAGGAGAGGGUGA